UCUGGCAACAUUAUUAUUUGAGCUAUCAAAAAACAGCAGCAGAUUUUUUUGUAAAUUUCUGAAAUUAUAAGAAAAAUUGCUUUGAAUUUGUUGUUUACGCAUAGUUGGGGACUAAUAUAAAUACCAAGAUAUCAGUUGGGUUCAUUUAUAUCCCAAAAAAUGGUAUUCUGUUAAGUGAGCAUUGUAGGUAUUUUUUGGAACGAGUUAGAUUUUCAGUUUAUUUUUACAUUUUUGGUGAAGCAGUUAUCCCGUGAGGUUAACAAUGUCUGGUAGAAGAAGACCACCGCCACCCGGCUUUAAUUUUAAGCCUCAGCCAGAGCAAGUGGAUGUGACACCUCCUCGCAACUUGGACAAACAAACAACCAUAACAGUAGAUGAUAAGACAUUCACAGUGCACGCAGAUGACCUUGUCAAGAUUGAGGACCUCGGCCGCGGCGCCUACGGCAUCGUGGAGAAGAUGCACCACAAGCCCAGUGACACCAUCAUGGCUGUCAAGAGGAUCACGGCCAGUCUAAACAGUCAAUCUCUGGAACAGAAACGUCUACUAAUGGAUCUCGAUAUCUCUAUGAGAGCCAGUGCAUGUCCGUACACUGUGCAUUUCUACGGAGCUCUGUUCAGGGAAGGAGACGUCUGGAUCUGCAUGGAGGUCAUGGACAUGAGUCUUGACAAAUUCUACACUAAAGUCUACAAAAACAACAGGACUAUCCCAGAAAAUAUUCUUGGAAAAGUUGCCUUUUCAGUUGUGAGUGCCUUACACUACCUAUACUCAAAGCUGAGAGUCAUACACAGAGAUGUGAAACCCUCAAAUAUUCUAAUCAACAGAAAAGGAGAGGUCAAGAUGUGUGACUUUGGUAUAUCUGGGUACCUUGUUGACUCUGUUGCUAAAACAGUUGAUGCGGGGUGCAAGCCCUAUAUGGCACCUGAAAGAAUUGACCCCACUGGGAACCCUGGGCAAUAUGACAUCAGAAGUGAUGUUUGGUCACUAGGAAUAUCAAUGAUAGAACUGGCUACAGGCAAGUUCCCAUACAAGACAUGGGUGACACCAUUUGAACAACUCAAGCAGGUGGUAACAGAUGCACCACCGAGACUGCCCAGUGGAGACUUCUCACCAGAAUUUGAAGACAUGAUUACAAAAUGUUUGCAGAAAGACUACAAGCUGAGACCCAACUAUGAUGCACUCCUAGCACAUCAGUUUUGCCAGGAACACAGUCAGAAGGAGACCAAUGUUGCUUCCUUUGUUAUAGAAAUCCUAGACUUACCCGAUGAUUCCUAGUACUAGGAUGUCUCAAUAAUUUACCUUUAAGUACAAGUGUUAGUAACUAACAGUAACAUAUAGUUUGUUGCUAAAAUAAUGCAAAUUGUUAUUAACAAAAAUAUUAUGUUACUAAAGUGUCUGUUAAUUUCUGAAACUUGAAGGUGUAAGAUUUCAGUUUGGUUGAUCAUGAAAUCGAAAAAUUUAUACAUCUAUUUCCCCAAUAGUCUGAGCUUUAAGUUUCAUGGACUAAUUAUUUUAUGUAACUAUUAUACGUAGCGUUGAGUUGUAUUAAUCAUAAAUAUAAUUAUGUUAUUAGGUUUAGAAAUACGAUUUAUUCUGACCUCAAUAUAAGAAAUUAUUGUUGGCGUUGCAGUCACUGAAUAUGAAAGCCCUAUUUGUAUGAUUAUUUACUGUUACUCUGUCCUUGUUUCUGAGCAUUUACCUAGUAAGGUGUUAACAUUAAAAGGACAAUAACAAUAUGAGUAGUGAUUGCAACAUCAGUGAUAGUCCUCGCGGUAAUUGACAACUAAAUGUUAUUGAGCACUUGUGGCUGGACUGCGGUUUACAAUGUACAUCACAAAUUAAAUUACAUAGUAUACCUAAUAAAAUAUUUGUUCAGAAAACCUU